UGUCCACCUAGAUCAUAGGAGGUCUGUUCACGCAAGCCGAACUAAAUUUCUUUCCUCGUAACUGUGAAAAGACUGUCAGAGGAUGCAAAAUGGGAUCUAUGAAGACACUCGUCUCAUCCACACUAGAAACUUCUGUGCAUGAGUUGAAGAUGUACAAAAUAGGACUUGUGCUACUUGUGGUGUAUAUGGGUUGCUGGGCAGAGCGACAGUACUACCCACAAGGCACUGCGUCCGACUGGGAUGAUGCCAGAAAAUACUGUCAGCUGUGCUUCAAGGAGUUGGCGAGCCUGACAGCCGAAAACAUGCCACUAAUAGCCAGCUGCCUCAAUGGAUCCUAUUGGGUCGGUCUGCGCAAGAACCUGAGCGGCACGAUGAGCUGGUCCUUGUGGUCCAAUGGUGACCCUGUGACGUUUCAAAACUGGUACCCGGGCUGGCCCACACCCCCAAAGACCAAGCAGGUUGUGAUCAAUCAGACCCACUUUCCGCCAGAAGUACCCAACAAUUCCUGUUACAUAGAAAUUGAGGAUGUGUGCAGAAACUACACCAACUAUACAAAGUUUUAUGUUUAUAAAGAAGAAUCAGAGGCACCUCCUCCAAUCACCCAGGAGGUGCCCGUCAUUGAAGACACCUGUGUAUCUGUGAUGAGCUUUGGGAUGUGGCAGGACCAAAAUUGCUCUGAACUGAAACCCUAUAUCUGUUAUGAAGACCGCUUCUAUGGGCAGGCAACAAUCUCUAAUGUGACCCUGAACAGCUCAGAUCUGCGCUGGAUGGCUGGACCUGGAAACAUUACCAACUAUAGGGUGGAAAUCAAUGGGACUUUCCAAAAUUUGUCAUAUGACUCUACUAUCUCAUAUCACACAACCUCCCUGGAUAUGCCUCUUAGCAACCUCACCCCAGGCAUGCUCUACAAUGUCCAGGUCUUCCCCGUGAAAUGUAGUAGGGACCUGAAUCCGGAAAACAUUUCCUUCUACACCAAACCUGAUCAGGUUCUUGGUCUAGAUGUUCAAGAAGUCCAAACAAGGUCUGUCCUUCUCUUCUGGAACAGUCCAGUAGGUGGUCAUAGCUCCUACACUGUAAGAGUGGUCAACAACUCUAUCGUCAAUAGCACAACUAACGAAAGCUGUUGGAUCACUGGCCUCCUGCCCGGUGGCUUUUAUGAAUUUGCAGUUUAUUCUGAAGUGCUGGACAAGUCCAUUGAGGGGGACCCAGAAAACUUUUCAACCUACACUAGACCCAGUAAUGUGAAAAACCUAAAUGUGACUUUUAAUAACGAAACAUCGAUCGGGCUGAUGUGGGACAGGCCAGAAGGGAAUAGCUCAGGAUUUUUGGUCGAAUUUGCUCAGGUGGGCUCAAACCUGAGCAACUUAAGCACCAGUAACACCACUGUGACACUGAAUAAUCUUACCUCGGGCACAAAGUAUCAAUUGAGCGUGGUUUCCUUGGUGCCGGAUCCUUCACUGAAAGGGGAGAAUGUCACAAUCACGACAUAUACCAAUCCAAACCCCAUUUCCGCAUUGACCUUGAACAGCAACGAAACUGCCAUCACAGCCAGCUGGAAUCAUCCUGAUGGAAAUGUUGAGUCUUACAUGCUGAAUAUCAGCUCAAUUAACACAACUACAAGCAUCCUGGUGAACAGCCAGACCCAAAGCACUAUUUCUAACCUCAAAUCAGCUGCACAAUAUAAUGUGACAGUAUACGCCCAGGCAGGGAACGGGACGUUCCUCAGUAAGCCAGUGUCCGGCACACAAUAUACAUUGCCUGUCCGACCUGGUACACCCAGUACUACCUUCGUAAAUGCGAGCUUUGUCAUGCUGACAUGGGUAGUCCCUCCUGAGUUGGACCAGACAGGAACAAAAUAUCUGGUGACAUACAAUAACACAUUCUGGAAUGAGCGGGGGAGCCAAACUGUUUUAACGAACACAGCAAGUUUCAAUAGCCUUCGUUCAGGAACUCUAUAUGAAUUUUACAUUAAGACAGUGACUGACCAGAAUUCCAGUGACGCUGUUACAGUCAGUGCCACCACAGCGCCUGUCUUGAAAGUUAUUACCUUCAUGUUGCAAUGUUCAUCGAAUGUAUCCCUCUUCUGCAAAAAUGAUACUGCCAAGGAAGCUACCUUAACUGCGUUACAGAACAAAAUCAACAACGCGCUUGGUAAGCAAGUGGUGUGGAACCUCAAAUGGAACAAUAAAACGGCCGUGAACUGAAUCUGUCCAUGAUUACGCUGCACCUGGAUCAGAAAAUGUGAAUACAGAGCAUCUGAGCAUUUUUUUUCCAUAAAUGUUUGUACAUCAUGAUGCAUGGUAGCUUAUUAACCUGGUUGUAGAUAUGCCACUGACGAUGAUUUAAAGCAGAGGUCACUAACAGGCGGACCGCGGUCCGGGUCCGGACCCAGAAGCUGUCCUAUACGGACCCGGACCGAUAGCCAAAACAUUAAGUUAUUAUUUAAAACCUGACGCUUCAAUUUUUUUCCGGCGUAGCUUUUGUGGUCUUUUCGGUAGGGUUUUAGCAGGAGAACCGCCGUUUCCCACGCCAAUGAACGUCAAACGCCUCUAACCGUCAAGCUAGACGUAGUUCGUCUCCUGCAGCCCUUUGUCUGCGCUGAUGUGCCAUUAGUGUUAAUAGCAGCAGCGAAGCUAAAACCCACAACCAAAAAUUAGUAAUGUUCCUAACAGAGUGACUGGUUUGUCCUGAAAUCA